AUGGGUUCGUUCGUGGCCAGCUCAUCUUUGACGUAUUGUGUGGCGGUUCUGAUUUUUGCUGUGUUCUGCGAUGGAGGAACGACUAGUCCUUUCGUUAGGAAAAUUUGGCCGUCUGUGGCCAUGCCUUUUGACAGUGAUGUCUUUGCUUUGCCUCUCGGAUAUAAUGCGCCACAACAGGUUCACAUUACACAAGGAGAUCAUGUUGGCAAGGCAGUGAUUGUGUCAUGGGUGACACCCGAUGAACCCGGCUCCAACAAAGUGCAUUACUGGAGCGAAAAGGACCACAAGAAGAAGAAGUAUUCGGAAGACACUGUUGUCACGUCUUACAAGUACUACAACUACACUUCUGGUUACAUUCACCAUUGCACCAUCAAAGAUUUAGAGCCGGACACGAAGUAUCACUACGUAGUCGGGUCUGGACACGUCCGGCGACAAUUCUGGUUUGUGACCCCUCCUGAAGUCGGCCCGGAUGUCCCCUACACUUUCGGUCUAAUCGGGGAUUUAGGUCAGACUCAUGAUUCAAAUGUGACGCUGACUCAUUAUGAGCAAAACCCUUAUAAUCCAAAGGCGGUGUUGUACGUUGGCGACCUCUCUUAUGCAGAUGAUCAUCCGCUGCACAACAGCUUGAGGUGGGACAGUUGGGGGAGGUUUGUUGAGAGAAGCGUGGCUUAUCAGCAUUGGAUAUGGGUUUCAGGAAAUCAUGAGAUUGACUAUUGCCCUGAAAUUGGGGAAUAUACCCCAUUUAAACCGUAUUUGCACCGAUACGAAGUCCCAUAUAGAGAGUCAAACAGUACCAGCCCUUUGUGGUACUCAAUAAAGAGAGCUUCUGCAUAUAUCAUAGUAUUGUCUUCUUAUUCAGCAUAUGCUAUAUACACUCCUCAGUACCAGUGGCUCAAAGAAGAGCUGCCAAAAGUGAACAGGAGCGAAACACCAUGGCUGAUCGUUCUCAUGCACACUCCAAUGUACAAUAGCUACAAUUACCACUACAUGGAAGGAGAAUCCAUGCGAGUAGUUUUCGAGCCAUGGUUUGUUGAGCACAAGGUUGAUGUUGUGAUUGCUGGUCAUGUACAUGCUUAUGAAAGAACGGAACGCAUAUCGAACAUAGCAUAUAACAUAACAAAUGGCCUGGCUACUCCCGUCCGUGAUCCCAAUGCGCCUGUCUACAUAACCAUCGGUGACGGAGGGAAUCUAGAAGGCAUAGCAAACAAUAUGACAGAGCCACAGCCAGACUACUCUGCUUAUCGUGAAGCAAGUUUCGGGCAUGCCAUUUUCGACAUCAAGAACCGUACACAUGCAUACUACGCUUGGAACCGUAAUGAUGAUGGAACUGCUGCAGAGGCCGAUUCUUUAUGGUUCCACAACCGAUAUUGGUAUCCGGACGAAGAAGGAGAGAAUGGCAAUAGUCGCAAAAGAACCAUUAACAAAAUGGACCAAAAUUGCUUAAUCUUCCAGAGCUGGUGUCCUUGA